UUCAAAUUAUCGGUUGGACAAUAUGGGUCAUCGUGACGCCGUCCAAAUCGAAGGAAUAUCUUCUUACAACACGUUUCUUCCCGCGAUGCCGUAAAAAACGAGGAACAAGUACACUUUAUUCCGCAAAAUCGCAUUUGUACCGGAGAACGAAAUAAAUUAUUAAACGGCGCGCGCGAUUCAAACGUACUUAGAGUAUAUUCAGACAAACUCAUACAGAUGCAUGUGCUUAUACGUUAUGCAGAUUCAUUUGAAUGUACCUUUACGAAGAGGUAGUUGCAACAAACUGCCGUUCGCGGCGCUGUAAUCGGCGACGCAGGCGCGGCGCGAAAGACGGCGAGAGCGGCGAUCGUGAAACGAAAAUGGCGUCGCGUGCAUGGUGCCGAUGUGAUCUCAUUUCGCCGUAUUCGUGAUCGAGUAAAUACGGUUUACGGAGGUGCGAGAAACGGCGAAUGUUGGUAACGGCGUUCGUCCACGCGUUUGGUGUGUAAUACUUGCGACUCGAGGAUCGCUCGCACGGCGAGAAACAAACGCCCGUGGCAGUCGCGCCGCACGUACGGACGUUACAGCGAGCGGCGGCGGCGACGGCGGCGACGGCGGUUGCAGUGACUACUCUGACGAUAAUUGAAUCGCGCGGACAGUAUCGCACCGGCAACUCUGUGUAAAUCCGCGUUCGUGCGAGUGCGAGUUCGUCCCGCUGGCAUGACGAAGGACGCGAAAUUCUCGUUUCCGCGUGUAAGCAUCGUGAACUUAGCCGCGACGGUGGAGUAAUGUGUGUUGACGUGUAUUGAGUGAGCCCUCUCUACGUUAUCGUCCUUGUUCCGUUUCGACGGAAGAUCGCCUGCCGGCAGCGAGGACGAAGACGACGAUACACGGCCACUACGACGACGAGCACGGUGACGGGGACGUGCGACGUUUAGCAUCUCACUCGCUAUGGCGGUGAAUCCGCGUGAUAUGGACGGCUUUAUGCCGCUCCUGUCAACGACGGAUAUCAAGAAGAAGCUGAACGUCGGUACUGCGCUACUGAAUUACCUCGGCGAUUCGGACAAGAGCAUCGAGUGCCAGGAUAUCGGCAUGUUCAUCGACAACAUUAUACCGUGGCUUGGCAACGGCAAUCCCAAGGUCGUCCAGAAUGGUUUAGAGAUUCUCACGUAUCUCGCGGAUCGGAUGGGUCACGACUUCAAGCCUUACAUCUCCACUAUCAUUCAGCCGACAAUAGACAGGCUAGGCGACAGCAAAGAUGCCACCAGGGAAAAGGCGCAUUUGGUACUUCUGAAAAUUAUGGAGAAGGGAUGCAUGUCGCCGCAGAAUCUUCUGGACAGACUUCGCCCGGCUUUCAAUCACAAGAACGCGAAAUUGCGAGAGGAAGCGCUGAUCCUGCUGACGACAACACUGAACGAGCAUGGAGCGGACGAGAUGGCUCUAUCGGGAGUGAUCCCGAGCAUCGUCAAGCUGCUGUCCGAUCCUUCGGAAAAAGUUCGGGAAACCGCGCUGAGCACGCUCGCCGAUAUCUAUCGGCACGUCGGCGAGAGAUUACGCGUCGACUUGCAAAGAAAGCACAAUGUGCCGCAAGCCAAAAUGCUCCUGUUAAUAGAGAAGUUCGAUCAACUGAAGGCCGCCGGCGAUCUUCUACCUCUGGCGAUGUCAUCCGACGUCGGCAAAGAUAACGACGAACCUGACAGAGCGAUUAAAUCGGCUCCCGUUAAGAGGUUGAACAUGCCCCCAAAAAGAGGUCAAUUUGGACCGGCUAAGACACCAUCCUCUGCCUUAGCUCCCUCCAGUACUACCGCAUCCACGGUCCCAAGGGCAGCGACCGUCAAAAGAGCUCUGUCAGUAAGAUCGGCAUCAGCUGGAGCCGUCGAUGAAGAAUCCUUUAUCACUUCGUUCGAGGAUGUGCCUACCGUGACCCUGUUUUCUGCGAAGGAUCUCGAGGAACAGAUGAAAGUAAUCAGGGAUACAGUGGGCGACGACAAGAAGGAUUGGAAGCAGAGAAUGGAUAGCAUGAGAAAGUUAAGAGGCAUUGUAAUCGCAGGCGGCACUAAUUACGAAAAUUUCCACGAGUGCCUAAAAAGCGUACAGCGACCGUUCGAACAGGCCUGCACCGACCUGAGAUCCCAAGUAGCGAGGGAGGCGUGUAUAACUCUAGCCUUUCUGAGUCAGAGUCUGAAGACGAAAUUCGCCGGUUUUGGCGAGGCGGUCUUGCUCACGUUAAUGAACCUCAUACAGAACAGUGCCAAGGUCGUGGCGUCAGCCGGCGCGGUGGCAGUUCGGUUUAUCCUUCAAAAUACCCACUGCAGCCGAUACGUGCCUAUUAUUAUAUCGUGCGUGAGCAACAAAAGCAAAGACAUUCGCAGGGCGUCCUGGGAGUAUCUCGCUCUGAUACUGCAGACCUGGCCUACGCAGAUAUUGCAAAAGCACGUAACGACACUGCCGGACGCGCUGAAGAAGGGAAUCGCCGACUCCGACGCGGAAGCGCGAGUCUUCGCCAGGAAAUCAUACUGGGCAUUUAAAAAUCACUUUCCAGAGCAGGCUGAAAUACUACUUAAUAAUCUGGAUGCGACAUACAAACGCUCCUUGAUGUCUCUCAGCAAUAGCGGCAGUAGUAACAGCUUAAAUAUUGUGGCUAAUGCGAGAUCGUCGAGCGUCAGCCCGCGUACAGCCCGGCCCGUGAUGAGCGCGGCAGGUAGUACGGAAAAUUUGCAUCAGACCACGGGUCAACCGCACGGUCCGCUCAGACGUACCCCGUCCUUGCCUCGGUCUUAUCGUCAGUCUGGUAUCCCGAUACUGCAAAGACCAACAGACAGUCACUACCGAGGAACGCCUGGGGUUAGAUCUACCAGUGCAAUCGAUCUGCAAGCUGCUCAGAGAGCGAAGGCCAGGAUAAUGUAUGCGAAUAUGAGCAGGCAAAAAGCGGCGGCGGCUCUUCCUCGUCCCAGUAAAUCCCCGGAUCCCAAUGCGGUUGCUAGUCCAGAAAGAAUUGCUAGGACGAGGACAAGAGUCUCGGGAGUUUCGCAAUCUCAACCUAGCAGUAGAUCAGGUUCGCCGUCGUCUAGAUUAAGCUACGCCACGUAUAAUCGCGAAGGCGAAUCACUGAUAGGCAGACCGAGGCGAUUAUCUGGACACGCGAUUAGUAGCACAAGCAACAGUCGCGAGCCCAGCCCACAGAGAUUUGGAAUGGACAGGAGUUUUGCCAGCAAACUGAGAGGGAGAAAUCUACACAUGUCACCAACGGACAGCACGAGACCACCGGUGAUGGCGCAAAAAAUGCUGCAGAAGUCACGCGAAGCGGAGUCCGCUUUGGCGGAUGCUUUGACUUUUGACAGUAUCGAUAACUACACCAGAAUACCGGGCAAAGGAGAUCACAGCGACGACAGCGAGAACAGCAGUAUAUGCUCGGAACGAAGCAUGGACGGUUUUAGACGAGCUAGCGAUUCGUUCUCAUGGAGUGGCUCCCAACCGAGACUGUACCGUGAUCUAUGGGAUCAGUCUACUCCGAAGGAUAUCAAAGAAAUUAUUGAAAUCUGUGCUCACAAACAUUGGGGAGACAGGAAAGAAGGUUUGGUGGGCUUGCAGCAUUACUUGAGCAGCGGUAACACGCUGACAGCGACUGAUUUGCGUAGAAUCACAGACAUUUUUACGAAAAUGUUCAUGGAUUCUCACACCAAAGUGUUCAGUCUGUUUCUGGACACGUUGAACGAACUAGUUAUCACUCACAAUGAUGGACUUGGCGACUGGCUUUACGUUCUGUGCGCGAGGCUCCUCAAUAAAUUGGGCACCGAUCUGUUGGGAUCUAUACAAACAAAGAUUCGCAAAACGCUUGAUGUUGUGAGAGACUGUUUCCCGGGCCAACAGCUUCUACCGGCUGUGAUGAGGUAUCUGACAGAUCCAACACAAACACCAAAUACUCGCGUGAAAAUAGAAGCAUUGACUUUUAUCACGCAGAUCGCUGAGACGGCAGAACCGUCCGCGCUGGGCAGUUCUGCAGCGACAGCACUUGCACGGCUGCUCGACUGGUCGAACGAUGUUAAAAGCCAAGAAGUGAGGAGGCACGCGCAGAACGCUGUGAUAUCGCUUUACAAUCUCAAUCCGCCUCAAGUUACUAUGAUACUCUCCGAGUUACCGAAAUAUUACCAAGAAACAGCCUGGCCUUUGGUGCAGAAUCACCUCAGGAAAUCGUCUACUACGAGUAAUCCGGCAUCGCCCGGCACACCGCCACCCAGAGCACAGAGUUCGCCAGCUCGCACGAAAGCGAAGAACGAUAUUAAAGCGGACUCGAAGACUGAAAUCGACGGAGGAGAUGAAAACUUGGAGGAAGUAUACAAAUCUUUGCGCCGUACGACGGCUGAAAUUCAAAAUUAUGGUUUCGAACGUUUGGAGAGAGCAACCACCAGCAAAGACAGCGGCAUUAGCAACAUGGCCGACGUGGAGGAAAGAAUAGAAGGACUCACGUUAUCCAAUUCGGGCCGAUCCUCGUCCGUUUCUUCACCAACGCAACGGGGACGUUCUGGUAGUAAUAUAACAGUGAAUGGAUCCGAUACGAUUGCCGGUGAUUUAAUCCUACCUCAAGAGAACAAUGGUUAUAAAACGCACGGCUCGUCGCCCGAUUCGGUGAGCAGACCGGAACUCGUGGAUAAUAUGGUGAAGACUUUACAAUCUAAAGUCGCGCAAACCACGGAAAAAGUAUCGGCGCUACAAGAAUUUCAGUUAUACGUCCGCGAAGGCGAUCCAUCGUAUAUUAAACGAAACUUUAAGAAAGUGCUCAAAGUUUUAUUAGAUAGCUUAUCUAACGAUGGGAAAGUGAUACAAGUGGAAGUUCUUCAAACGCUGAUCGAUAUGUUAAAGUGUUCCGAAUUGAUUGAGAGCUUUUCGUCUUACAAUGAAUUGUUGGUGCUGAAAGUUAUCUACGCCUACAAAUCCGACGAUCAGAAGGUCGAUUCUUCCAGCGGUAGCGGCGGCAGAUCUCCAGUCCAUUGGAACGCAGAGAAAUGUGCCGCAACGAUGGCCAUGGUUCUAAAACCAGAACAAAUCAUUCAUUUGGUUUCCACUAUAAUCGCCACAGAGACGUAUCCUUUAAAUAUGGGCGCGAUAAAGAUGUUGCACAAAGUAGUGGAUCACUGGGGUCGCGAAGCUAUCGAACCUCAUCUCGCCAAGGUUAUGCCGGGCCUCAUCAAGGCUUACGACGAUGCCGAGAGCGCAGUUCGUAAAAGUGCCGUGUUCUGCAUGGUAGCAAUCCAUGUUGCGGUCGGCGAGGAGGUGCUAAAACCGCACUUAAGCUGCCUGUACUCCAGCAAGCUAAAGCUGCUGAACAUCUAUAUACAGCGCGCGCAGCAACAGGCGAACAGUCAGCCGGCGAGCCCGCGUAGCAACAAUAAAAACUAACUAAUAUCUCACACCACGACUCUCAGGGUCGCGAUACUUAAAAGAUUCGCUCGCUUUGGCGCGCGGCAUGAGCGAAUGCUUCUCAGCUUCCUCAGUAAGUCCGAUCCGUCAUGAUGGUCGACGGUUUUAACAGUAUGACUCGGAAAUUUUGAUACGAGGCAGAGACUGAUGUGCGUUACUUCUGCGACGGCAUGCGUACGUGUGAGUGAUUCGCCGCUUGAGACGACAGUGAUGUUGUGUGCAGAAACGAGUAAUUGCAAAGGUAAUAAUUUCAAUGUUACAUUUCCUGAAUUACUAUUUGUUUGGAGAAGAAUAAGGACAGAAUUAUGCUACCAAUUAUUACGAAUGAAUAAAAUUCACAAGGAAAGCUCGUGACGUGCAAAUUGAAUCUUUCUCGUCUUUUGAAAUCGUAAAGCAAUUGAACUAUGUAAUAAUUGCACAAACAAAAGAACGCGUUUCUCGAGAAUCGCAAGGAAAUUUUAUUUCAUUUCAAGCUGGGUAUACAUCUACGAACGAACGCCGAACGAACAGCGAACGCGAAUGUUCGGACAUUCGCGUUCGUGUUCUGAAGUCAUUCGUUUUUUUUCUCAUUCGCAACGAAUGUCAGUGUUCGGCCAAAUUAGGUGUUCGCUAUAUGGUAAUGAGUAGAGCCCGGAUUUAAGAUCUCAGAUCGAGCAACCGUAGCUAGUUCUCCCCACCAUGUCGCGUUCGCGGCGUUCGGUACAGCAGUUCAGCAUGGAUGAAACGCCGACGAAAACAAAUGACGUUGAAUCAAAUGACAGUGACAUCAAGCAUACGUGCACUGAGAGAAAAAUCCGGUUAAUCGAUCGGAAAAUCCAUUCAAAAAGUAACAAACGGAUAUUAUCGAUCCCUUCAAUCGGAAAAAAUAACUGAUGAAGGCUGAAAUAACCGAUCAAAAAUAUCCGAUCAGAAAAUUCCGAUUAGAAAAUAUUCGAUCUAAAAUAUCCUGUUAUGUAUUCGGAUUUAUAAGACGCGCCAAGUACAAGAGCGCCAUGUUCAGGUUGCGAUAUGGGGCGCUCAAGCAAGUAACGUGCGGGCGUGUGCCGAUCGGAGCAUUCCGUUUAUCGGCUUGGAUCAGGAAGCAUGUGUGCGUGUGGAUAGGAGAAUAUAUAAGUUCUCGAUAUAGACUUAGACUUUUGGAAAUAUAGUCACGUUAGUAUUCUAAUAACAAUACCGGUGUAUUUAUUGAAUCCCCUGCUGGUUAAAACUAACAACGAAUAUAACAUAUCCGUUUGUUACUUUUUGAACGAAUAGUCCGAUUAUAUUAUGUCCGAUCAAUAGAUCUGACAUCUGAUCGGAAUUUUCCCCUUAAAUAUACCAAUUAAUAUUAAUAUUAAUUUGUAUCACUUCUUCUUCUACUUUGAGUUCUUCAAGAACAGUUCUAACUGUAUUACAAUUCAUUUCUUUCACUUCUUAAUAAUUGACACGUAAUACACUAUAUAUACAAAAUAUUGCACACAAUAUUGCGUCACACUGCCUUCACGCUGCUUCGAUGACGAACACGAGACAAUAGAGUACAGGCUCAUGCACGCUGGGCCCAUCGGUACGACUGUUAGCACGACCAAUCACAAUCGAGUUACCAGUGCGACUUCGAAAUGUGUACACAUGUAUUUCAUCGGACUUCUGAACGGAUAAAUUGUAUUUCAUCAAAUAUUACACUUUAUCGGAUAAUAUUUUAAUCUGAUAUAGUACAUUAGAUCGGACAUUCAGCAUGAUCGGAAAAAAUACCUUAUUUUUAUCCGAUCAAGUGCAAUGUCCGAUCAUAUUAUAUAUCAAUUUAAACAGAUAAGUAAAUCGCAGCUCAUUAUCCGUUCAUAUUUCAUUGGAAAUUUUAUUUCAUCGGAUAGCCCCAAAUCCAAUCAAAAUCAAUCGGAUAAGGUGUUCAAACGGUUUUUUCCGAUUAAAGUCGCUGGAUAUUUUUCUCAGUGUGAAAUUCCCAAUAAAGACAGUAAACAUUUGAAAAUAUCAAAGAAAUUACAAAAUGUUUUAUACAAGAAUUCAGGAUUUUCCACGAUUUGCACGAUUCAGCGUAUACUGGAAGGAAAGGAAGAUUGUAAAAACCUUGAUCCGCGGUUGGAUGAAGUGGACUUGAAACUUUUCAAGUACGCGCCUAUCACUUCAUGCGACGUAGACGCAGCUUUUCCCGGUAUAAAAAUAUUUUGAGCGAAAGACGAAGAAGCUUUACUUUUCAGAAUUUAAAGAAGUUUUUUGUUGUAUAUUAUUUUCAUAAAUAAAACGGAAACGAAUAGACUUAAAUAAAAAUUGAUUUUGAUU